AAUAAACCGCUUGCACCUGGCAACUUCGGUUUUUUGAGUCCUCCCCAUGGUCCCUAUUGUAGACCAAAGACUUUGGUCUUAUUCAAAAUUUGUAACAGCUAAUUUUUCCAUCCCAAAAUAAAAUCACAAAUACAACAAAAAAACGUUUUAUUUUGAAAUGAAAAUAUGAGGUACCUCUUUAAUUUACAAAUGUUUGCCAUGCAAUUUAUGACGCGCUUUUAAUUUUGCCCCUCCCCAGCACCCCUAUAUAUUCCCACCUCUUCUCCGCUCCAUUUUCCUCACCAAGAGAACUCAUUCUAUCUCCUUUACUUUAGUGUUAGAGGUUCAAAUCUUAAUUCCCUUCUCAAUUACAGAAAAAUGGAGAUUCUUGGUUUGCUCAUAAUUAGCUAUCUUUCCUUGUCCAAAAUUGUUCAUGGCUUUGAUGAGGGUUGGAAUGAAGCUCAUGCAACCUUCUAUGGUGGUGGUGAUGCCUCUGGCACUAUGGGAGGAGCGUGUGGAUAUGGAAAUUUGUACAGCACAGGAUAUGGAACAAACACAGCUGCAUUGAGCACAGCAUUGUUCAACAAUGGGCUGAGCUGUGGAGCUUGUUUUGAGAUUAAAUGCGUGAAUGACCAGAAAUCAUGCCUUCCUGGUUCAAUUGUUGUCACCGCUACCAAUUUUUGUCCUCCAAACAAUGCACUCCCGAACAAUGCUGGUGGGUGGUGCAAUCCACCCCUCCACCAUUUUGACCUUUCUCAGCCUAUUUUCCAACAAAUUGCUCAAUACAGUGCUGGAAUUGUCCCUGUUGUCUACCGACGGGUACCAUGCCAAAAGAAGGGAGGGAUAAGAUUCACAAUAAAUGGACACUCAUACUUCAACUUGGUCCUAAUCACAAACGUUGGAGGCGCGGGUGAUGUCCAAACCGUGAUGAUCAAAGGUUCAAGGACUGAUUGGCAACCAAUGUCAAGAAACUGGGGUCAAAAUUGGCAAAGCAACUCUUUCUUCGACGGUCAAAGCCUCUCAUUCAAAGUCACCACCAGCGACGGCCGCACCGUAGUUUGCAACAAUGCCAUUCCGGCUGGCUGGUCUUUUGGUCAAACCUUCACCGGUGCACAAUUCAACUAAAAUUUUUAAAUUAAUAAAAAAGGAGUGAAGUUUAUAACUAUUAUGGGGCAUAAUUAGAGUUAUUAGUAAGUAAUUAAAUGGAUAGGGCUUAUUUUAAAGUGGUCCUAACCAUUGUUUUCUUAAACGUAGCUUUGUGUCACUUAAAAGUGUGUUUCUGUCUUUGGGUGUUUUUUAAAGGAGACAGAAUAUGGCAGGGGUGGAUUAAUUAAGGUUGUUCUCUUAAUUAACCACCCGCCGUAGAACUUUGUGGCAUUUUGAUUUAGUUUACUUUAAUCCUAUUUAAGUUGAUUAAAGUAACAUUUUAGAGCUCGAAUCAGAAUUAGUUAGGUUGUGAUGCGUCCCAUGUAAUUUGUGUAAUCAGUCAGUUCGGCAGCAAAAAAAAAAGCUGAAAUGAUGAAUGAAUGUGUUAUGUUGUUGUCGCCUUCUUUUAGCAAAGGCGUGGUCUUAAUGAAAUCUGUGAUAUGUCAGAGACUGUAAAACCGUUAUUGUUGUCUGGUUCUUUUCAUUGAAGAAAUUAAAAAGUGACCUUGGAUAUUGUGUUUGGACUUUGGAAUCGAUCCUUGCCUCAGUUCGGUC